AUGGCGGCCGCGCGCGGCAAGGGCGCCGCGAGUGCCCCGGCAUUCCAGCUCAUUGCCGCCUGGUGGCGGAUCGCGCGGCCCUGGUUUCUCGGGAGAAACCGCUGGGCCGCGGCCGGCUACAUGGCGGUGUGCUACGCGCUCGCGCUGUGCUCGACGCUGGUGUCUGUCCGCAUAUCUUACGCGCAGCGGCGCUUCAGCACGGCCCUGGCGGGCAAAGACGCGG